AUGGCCACCACUUCCGCCCCGUCGGCUACGGAAACCCCCCCGACACCAGCUCGUCGAAAGGUCGACCUUCGGAACCCUACGCCACUGUCUGCUACCCAGGAGGCAGAAGUGAAGCAGGCGUAUUAUAAAAAGGUCAGGGGGCUUUGUGAUCCAGUAAUAAAAGUUACCGCUACAUGGGUUUGUCGAAAGCAGCGGCUUGCUAUGAACGCCUGUAUGGUUCUUCACGCCCGACCAGAGAUAGAAGAUUUGGCACGAGAAGAAUGGUUCGCCGGUCGAGAGGAGAGAAUAAGAGCUCGGGAAAGGGAAGCUCAGGAGACUGAAAAACGAAGGCAAGAAGUUAUUGCCAUGAUGAAGAAGGACGACGAGAAACGGGCUGCAGCAAAAGCCACGAAGAGUUCAUGA